AUAUUUUAAUAAACUAUUUCUUGAAAUUUUAUCUAUUCUUAUCGCAACAAACAUAAUCCUAACCUCUAUUUUUAUUAUAAUAAAACACCCCUUAUCAAUAGGAUCAAUUUUAUUAUUACAAACCAUUACAAUCAGAUUAACCACAGGAUUCAUAAAUCAAAAUAUAUGAUUUUCUUACAUUCUAUUCUUAAUUAUAAUUGGUGGGAUACUCAUUCUUUUUAUAUAUAUAACAAGAAUUGCAUCAAACGAAAAAUUUAAAACAAAUCUUAAGAUUUUAAUAAUUAUUACCCCUUUACCCAUUAUUGCCUGACUAACAUCCUAUAUUAAUAAAUUAUUAAUCUCAAACAACGAACUCUUAAUUUUUAAUCAAAAAACCGAAUUCAUAUUAACAAUCAAUAAAUUCAUCAAUUUUCCAUUAAGAAUAAUUCUAUUAUUCAUAAUAUUUUAUCUCCUACUAGCUUUAAUUGCCACAGUCAAAAUUACCAAUUUCAAACAAGGAUCCAUCCGUCAAAUAAACUAAUGAAAAAAGCAAUACGUAAAUAUUCCCCUCUCUUCAAAAUCGUAAAUAAUUCUCUAAUCGAUCUUCCUACUCCUUCUAAUAUUUCCCUUUUGUGAAACUAUGGAUCCCUACUAGGAGUUUGUUUAGGAGUUCAAAUCAUUACAGGUGUAUUUUUAGCAAUACAUUAUUGCCCUAAUAUCGAAAUAGCUUUCAAUAGAGUAGCCCAUAUUUGUCGAGACGUCAAUCAAGGAUGAUUAAUACGAACACUUCACGCUAACGGAGCGUCCUUUUUUUUCAUCUGUAUUUACAUACACGUUGGACGAGGAAUAUAUUAUGGUUCAUAUAACCUACUUCACACUUGAAUAGUAGGAGUAACAAUCUUAUUCCUAGUAAUAGCAACUGCAUUCCUGGGAUAUGUUCUUCCAUGAGGACAAAUAUCAUUUUGAGGGGCAACCGUAAUUACAAAUCUUCUAUCAGCAAUUCCUUACCUAGGAUCUACUAUUGUACAAUGAGUAUGAGGAGGCUUCGCAGUAGACAAUGCCACCUUGACACGAUUCUUUUCAUUCCACUUUCUUUUACCUUUUAUUAUUGCAGCCAUAGUUAUAAUUCAUCUUUUAUUCCUUCACUGUUAA